AUGGCGGAAAAUUCGAUCCCGAAGGAAGCAGCGUUCCAGAUCAUCAACGAUGAGCUGAUGUUGGAUGGAAAUCCGAGGCUGAAUUUGGCAUCCUUUGUGACGACAUGGAUGGAACCAGAGUGUGACAAGCUCAUCAUGUCUGCCAUUAACAAGAACUACGUUGACAUGGAUGAGUACCCUGUCACCACCGAGCUACAGAACCGGUGUGUGAACAUGAUAGCUCACCUAUUCAAUGCACCACUGGGAGAUGGAGAAGCUGCAGUUGGAGUUGGAACAGUGGGGUCAUCAGAGGCCAUAAUGCUGGCUGGUUUGGCAUUCAAGAGAAAGUGGCAGAACAAGAUGAAAACCCAAGGCAAACCCUGGGACAAACCCAACAUUGUCACUGGUGCCAACGUCCAGGUAUGCUGGGAGAAAUUUGCUAGGUAUUUUGAGGUGGAGUUGAAGGAGGUGAAACUGAGAGAUGGUUACUAUGUGAUGGACCCUGAUAAAGCUGUGGAGAUGGUGGAUGAGAACACAAUCUGUGUGGCUGCUAUCUUGGGCUCCACCCUUAAUGGAGAGUUUGAAGAUGUUAAGCGCUUGAACGACCUCUUGAUCGAGAAGAACAAGCAAACUGGAUGGGAUACACCAAUUCAUGUGGAUGCAGCAAGUGGUGGCUUCAUUGCACCUUUUCUUUACCCAGAACUGGAUUGGGAUUUCAGAUUGCCAUUGGUAAAGAGUAUCAACGUCAGUGGCCACAAGUAUGGACUUGUGUAUGCUGGUAUAGGUUGGGUCAUUUGGAGGAGCAAAGCGGACUUGCCUGACGAGCUCAUCUUUCACAUCAACUAUCUUGGAGCUGAUCAACCCACUUUCACCCUCAACUUCUCUAAGGGUUCAAGUCAAAUAAUUGCUCAGUACUAUCAACUUAUUCGCUUGGGUCAUGAGGGAUACAAGAAUAUUAUGGAAAACUGUCAAGAAAAUGCAAUGGUACUCAAAGAAGGUUUGGAGAAGACAGGACGCUUCAACAUUGUGUCCAAAGACAACGGAGUUCCACUGGUGGCCUUCUCUCUAAAGGACAACAGCAAGCACACCGAGUUUGAAGUGUCGGACAUGCUCCGACGCUACGGUUGGAUUGUGCCAGCAUACACCAUGCCACCUGAUGCACAGCACGUGACUGUGCUCAGGGUGGUGAUAAGGGAAGACUUCUCGAGGACUCUGGCCGAGCGCCUUGUUAUUGAUAUAGAAAAGGUUCUCCACGAGCUCGAUACGCUCCCGACCAGGAUCAGUGCCAAGAUUGCAGCUAGCGAAGAGAAUAGUGUAGCGAUUGGGAAGAAAAGUGAUAUUGAAGUGACAAGAGAGAUAACCACAGCUUGGAGAAAGUUUGUUGCAGACAGGAAGAAGACCAAUGGUGUGUGUUAGUUCUGAAAAUGAGCUUGAGAUAUUAUGUGUGUAUGGCCUAUGAUUAUUUGUGCCAUUAUUCAGCAUGUUUACUUAAAAUUUUACGGUCUGCUUUUUGGUAAGUCCUUUGAUUUGAUUUACAAACAAACCCCAUAAUUUGUGGUAAUCUGUUGAAAGGUUUUGUGUCGGAUUUGGGAAUCAACAACCUCUCCAAAAUAGAGUAACAGGCUCCAUCAUUUGUCUUUUUUAGAUCUCAAUGUAGACAAGAGUCGAGUCUUUUACACUGAAUACCGCAUUAUUUGUAUUUUAUUGUAACAUUCUUUUCUCCUUUCUUUUCAAAGUUGGGCACAAAAAAUCUUGACAAACGGUCGUUAAAGUUG